UCUUCAGAACUGAAGGAAUAGUUCACGUAUAUACAAACAGAAGAAACCGACGUUUCCUUCUGAGUGUCAUAACCUUCGUGGCAAGACUAUUUUACCUUGUUCGGAGUAUAAAAUCAAAAUGUAGUUACACAUCGAAAGGUUAUGUUUGCGUUUUUGACAAAACCUAUCAAAGUCUACGGGUUUGAUGGUUUUGAAAACUAAAAGGCAGUCUUUUGCGUGAAAAUUAAAUAUCGCGAUUUAUUUUGUCUUUCUUUCCGUAACUUUUCUGUUUCGAUAUAUUUUUUAUGAAUGUUCAACUGUUAUAAUUUUAUCACACACCCUAUAACAACAAAUUGAAAAUACCGAUAUGGUAAAUAAUAAUUAUUCGAUAACAUAGCAUAUUUUUAAAUUUGUUUUGUUUCAAAUACAUUUUGUACGAAUAAGCUAUCAAUCAACAUAUUUUCUAUUAUUUUUGUUUCAAAUAUAACAAAAAUGUAUAAAUGUCGUCCCACCGGCGAGUGGAUGAGCUAUGAUGCUAAUAUACCAACACCAAAAUCUGUUACACAUGAAAUGCUUGAGGCCGGACGAAAAGCGACAUCAAACAUACGCAUCAUCGCCAGAAAGCAACUCAACUUUCAAUCCUAUCCCAUGAACGACUUCCGCUUUGAUUUGCUGCACUUCGAUAAGCCUAAAGAAUUUCAGAGUGUUUCAACCUACAAACGUGACUAUGUGGAACCAUUGCCAUCGAAGUGCAAGCCGAAAAACGUACAUGAUGUAGAAUCACCGGAUCCACUUUUCAACCGUAGAACCGUGAACGAUUUUGAAAUGGUGCCUUGGGUGGAUACAAAGUUUAUGGACGACAAAGUUUUUAAUAUCUCAGAGUCACGAAGAAAAAUCAACUUCUUUAGGCAAUUGCGGAAUCGGAGUUUCCAAUUUUAAAAAAUUUGCAAUAAAUUGGAAUUAAAAUGGAUUUCUAUACAUAAUAAUAAUAUAAUACUACAUACACAUUUUUGGUAAAUAUAUAAAUAAAUUUUAUAUUGAUUGAAUGAAGUUAAUAAAACCUUUCUUGUUUACAUACCAGUUAUACAUAUACGUCUAAUAGUUGAAGCACAAUCCCGUAGCGUAUUUCUUACGGAAGCUUGAGUUUUGCAGUGGCGGAUAUAGGAAACCAAUUUUGUACAAGCGUACAAACCACUUUGUAUGCUAAGCCACAAACACUAAACACUUUCAUUUUGAAAACUA